AUGGCUACCGAAACCGGCAAGACAUUAAAGAGCCUGCCUAAGGAGAUCAAGGUCAUGAUCGCUAGGCAGGUCGUCCAGGAAGAAUAUAUCAAGAACAAGACCGUAGCAAGAUACGCCACAGUCGAUAGAGCAUGGCAGUCCAUAGUCGAACAAGUUACCAUGAGAGAGCUCAACUUCUCAAAUGAGGACCUGAUAAUGUUUGAGAGCAUCUUCUCCGUCAUCCGCCGCCGCCAAUACCUCCAGUACAUUGGUUUGGAGUUCGUGUUCAAAAACCAAGUCGAGACCGUCAAUAAUGAUCACUGGACCUCCAGGGCCUACUGCAAGCACCUCGUUCGUUUGGACGCCGAGAUGAAUAGGGAAAGCAUCAACGAGGAGGAUGACUUCACCGCUUGGGACGCCAGGCACAUCAAUUUCGAUCUCACCAAUACGUUAUAUUGGUUCAUAAACUAUACGGCCUGCUGGAAAAGAUCCGAGAUCUCCCGCCGGGGCAUCUGUCUUGAGCUAGUCAGCAAGACGAGAAGCUACUGUCAGGAGCUGGCACGCCGAUUCCUGGAGUAUCACCCAACUAUCCUGACCGACUCCUCCAACACUGUUGAAGACAAUCAGCGCGCAUUCCUAUUCCAGAGCGCCUCCCGGGACUUUGACAGGCAGGCACAAUGGGAUGACGCAUUGGAGAGGGACUUGAAUACUCUUGCAGGGGACCUGACCUUCGAGUCCAUGACGUCCGAGUUCAUCAGUGGGAUCUCUAUCUCUGCCACCAACUUCCGGUACAUCAGCCCCCAUGUGAUCAAAACGCUGGCCAGCAAACUCCCCUUUGCUGAAUAUAUCGACUGGCAAUACAACUCCCGGUUCUGCUCCAAGAAGCAACAUGACAGGCUCAUCGACGAGCAGAUCGCCUUCGUCAAUCAACUCCCGGCCACGGUCAAGAAACUCUGCCUCCGUCAGAUCGGACACGGCCAGUUCUGGAGUUGGUCGGGCCGCCAGAUGGCUUACGACUCGCCCAAGCGCGGUGAGCUGGCCGCGGUGUUGGCGUUGCUGGCGGCGAAGCAGCUCAUAAAGCUGUCCGUCACGUGUGCCAUCGACGGGCUGGACUUUUUCAGGCUGGCAGGCCACAGAACCCUGUGGCCGUGGCUCAGGCACCUGACCCUCACGACUUCGUGCUUCGACGACGUGGAGCCGUCGUCCUCUGAGCCGCCGCGUGCGGCGCAGAUCCAGGGGGUCAUCUGGAGGGCGGGAAGAGCGGCCCUCAGGAUGCCGCAGCUCGGAUUUUUCACGCUCAACAACGCGAACCUCGAACGCGGCGUCGGCGUCUUCUUCAGCUUCAAGGUUCAAACGCACGAACCGCUCAACUUUGAGCCCUCCUCUGCCGUCAUUGAGCUCUUUGCAGAUGAGAGUAAUAAGCACGCCACCAAUGAUAUCCUGACUAGGCUUUCCCUGAGGAAGUGGCAAGAGGUCGCGGUCGGGAGGUGCCUGAAGCUUACAUUGAAUGUGGGUUGGAGUCGCAACGCCGAGAUGUACUGGCAGGGGACCUUGAUGGAAGGCAUGUCAAGCUGGGGGCGGUUGCGGCAGCCGAUGGUGCGGGAAAGGGGUGACGCUCUGCUGGAGGGUUUUGCAUCAGGGUCGGAAGCAUCCAGUUUAGCGGAGUCGACUUGA